AUGGGUCCUAAGUUGGUUUCUGAGACUGAGGACAAUGUUAGACUGAUUCGGGAUUGUCUUAAGGCAGCUUCUGAUAGACAGAAGUUAUAUUCGGAUUUGAAGAGGAGAGAUAUCGUGUUUUCUGUCGGUAAUCAAGUUUUUUUAAGGUAUCUCCGUGAAAGAAAGAUCUUCGGUUUGGACAUAAAGUUAGAGCUACCUUCGAAUUUUGAUCGUAUUCACGAUGUGUUCCACGUCUCUAUGUUGAGGCGGUAUCGGUCUGACCCAUCUCAUAUUGUAUUUGUUAAGGAGAUUGAAGUAAAACCGAAUUUGACCUUUGAGGAGGAGCCGAUUCAGACUCUGGAUUGA